UAUUUUACCUUUAUUUAACUAGGCAAGUCAGUUAAGAACAAAUUCUUAUUUUCAAUGACAACAGUGGGUUAACUGCCUGUUCAAGGGCAGAACGACAGAGUUGUCAGCUCGGGGAUUUGAACUUGCAACCUUUCGGUUACUAGUCCAACACUCUAACCACUAGGCUACCCUGCCGUAAAAUAAAGAAACCACAUGGACAGACAGCCAUUAAUCAAUUAUCUCCGAUUAAUCAGAGAUAAUGUAGUGCACCGUGUCAGCAUUUUGUCAUGCGGUGUCUAUCAUCAAGUUAAAUUAUUAUAUAAUAUCACCAUUUUGGUGAUUACUGUCACUGGUCGAGAGUCUCGACGACUCACAGACAAGAGUUAUUUUUAGAUUCAGAUAAACCUAUUGCUGGAUAAAUAGGUUAAUCUAUUCUUUACGCAGCAUUGGACUGAGUACUAAAUCAUGUACUGGUACCAAGACAGCCAGUCAGGUCAAAGAUUUAGAAGUAGGCUAUUAGGGAAAGGACAACGCCUCUAGAUCUGUUUAGCGAACGGUCUCUCCUUUUUGGCUUUGAAUAGUUUUCCGGGAUUUAACCAGACCGCAGCUGUCUGUCACAACAAAGAUGGAGGAGGAAGCUAGCUAGCACUGUACAUCCACCGAGGACCUUAAAGCUAAAACAACAUUGGACCAGUUUCUCUACUGAUUAUAUAUAUAUAUUUUUUGAUAUCGUGAUUUUCAAGAUGGAUACUGCCGUAUUUCCCGAGGAUGUCGUUGUUAAAAAGGUUUCCAUCGUUGGAUCGGAGCUCGUAGAGAAUUACACUGUGUACGUCAUUGAGGUGAAAGUAAGGGAUCACAGAUGGACCAUAAAGCAUCGCUACAGUGAUUUCCAUGACUUGCAUGAGAAACUGACAGCUGAGAAGAAGAUAGAGAAACAUUUACUGCCGCCUAAGAAGAUGAUCGGUAAAAACUCCAAAAGCCUGGUAGAGAAACGUCAGAAGGAACUGGAAGUCUACCUACAAACACUGCUGGUCAGAUUCCCUACAGCUGCCCCUAAAGUCCUCUCCUACUUUCUGCACUUCCACCAAUAUGAAAUUAAUGGAAUCACAGCCGCUCUGGCAGAGGAGCUGUUCCACAAGGGAGAGCAGUUGCUGGUGGCUGGUGAGGUGUUCACAUUGUGUCCCCUCCAGCUGUAUGCCAUCACUCAGCAGCUGAAGCUGGCCAAGCCUACCUGCUCUAAUGGUGACGCCAAGGCAGACCUGGGACACAUCCUGGACUUCACCUGCAGACUCAAAUACCUGAAGAUCACAGGCACCAGAGGAGAGGUGGGGACCAGUAACAUCCAGGAAGACAGCCUCACGUUUGACCUUUCAGUCUUUAAAGCUCUCCUACAGAUAGAGAUAAGUGACUGUAACUCGGCCCAGAUCAUGGGACUGCCUUCUCUGAAACCCUGUCUGGUCACGCUGAAUGUCCACCACUCUGCAGCAUCCAUGAUGGAUGUGCUGGUUCCGGAGGCAUGCGUGUCCCCUCAGUGGGUCGCAGAGGGAGCGCUUUCAGACCGGCCCGUUGCCACCAUCAUCCCUACCUGGAAGACUCUCACCACCCUGGACAUGAGCCACAACCACAUAGGCUGCAUAGACAACUCAGUGAAAUUGAUACCAAAAGUCGAAUUCUUAGAUCUUAGUUCCAACGAGCUCUCUAUGGUGGAAAACCUUCAGCACCUGUACAAUCUGAUCCACCUGGACCUUUCUUACAACAUUCUGACAGUGUUAGAGGGGGCCCACACCAAACUGGGUAACAUCAAGACCCUCAACCUGGCAGGCAACCAGCUCGACAGCCUCGCAGGCCUCACUAAACUAUACUCUCUGGUUAACCUGGACCUCAGCUCCAACAAACUGGGACAGCUUGAGGAGAUCAGGUACAUAGGAAUGCUGCCCUGCCUGGAGAGGCUGGUCCUGUCUAACAACCCCAUGUGUAUCAUCCCUGACUACAGAACCAAGGUGCUGGCUCAGUUCUGGGACCGCGCCUCAGAGGUAUGCUUGGACAGCACUGCGCCGACAGAGAAAGAGCUGGACACUGUGGAGGUGUUGAAAGCUAUUCAGAAAGCCAAAGAAUCUAAAGACCGAAUGGCCAACAACGAAAAGAAGAAUUGAUAUGUAAAGAAGAAGGCUUUGUUACCCCUACAAUAUUGACUCCUGUGGAUUUUAUUGCACUUGAUACCCAGCGAUGCUAUGAUGAUGUAAACACACUGCCUUGUGAGGAACAACUACAGGUUACCAGCCACCGACCUGACGCUGAUUCUAGUUCUUUUGACCGCUCCAGUACCCAACAGAACCAGAACAGUAGCUGCUGCUGCUGUGUGGAGGACAGAGAGGAGCGAUACACAUGGAGCAACACUAACCUGAGGACCCCUGUGCUCCCCCUCCACCUCCCCUCCACCUCCUCCUGUCCGUCCUUCACCUCCCUGCUGUCUGCCCGCAUCACCAGAGCCCUGGGAGAGGAGAACAGGAGGCCCAGCAGACUCCAAGAUCUCCCCAGCCAGGAAGAGACUGAUCUGGGCAGCCCCAGUCCCAGCCCCUCCUCUGGAGAUGGAUACUUUGAGAUGGGUCUGGGGGAGGGAAAGGAGAGGGAGGGAGAGGAGGAGGGGUCCCUGACUGACCCGGUAGAGGGAGAGAACCAGGCCCCAGAGACAGAGGUGUUACGUGUGACCAAAGUCAUGUGGUGCCACUGCAUCAGGGUUGAUGAUGUGGUGGAGCAGAGGUCGGUGUGUGUGGUGCUAACAAACAGUCUACUGGGGCUGUUCCACUGUCCUCGUCACCCCUCCACAGCCCCAACCCAUCAACCCCAGAGCCAGCCUCACGACCUUGGCUCAGUCACAGUCCAGAACCAGGGCCUAACCCUACAAACUCUAGUAGAUAACCUGGAGCCAGACCUUGUCCUUCCCUACGACCAGCUAGACUCUCUCCUCUUCUACAUCCCAGACACUUGCCUUUCCCUGAGGGUGAGGUCCUCUGAUGUCCACUGGUACCUCUUCUCAGACCCCGAGGGUUUAAAAGAGACCCACUCCCUGCUCUGCUCCCUGGCCCAGCUCCCCUCCUCCCCGUCAGGAGGACCCUCCACCCCACAGCAGCUCCUCCACCUGCUCUUCACCUCCUGGGAGAUGGAAGAGAACCAGGGCUGUGUGAAAGGAGGUUAUGCAGCACAUCUAGUGGAGACUGCCAUGUUGUCGUCCCAGAACAGCCAGCGGACAACCUCCUCAACAAACCCAACUCUCACUCCAACGAAGACCUCUACUAACCCAGAUACCUUCACCCUCCAAACUCUAACCAAUCCCCUUCUCUCUGACAUCCUAUCCCACGUAGUUCCAGGAGGGGACAGAGACUCCUCCUGCUGUGUCCCCUGUGUCCUGUUCUUGACCCAGCGCCAUCUCUGUGUGCUGAAGGUGGACUUCAAAGCUCUGGCCCGGGGAACCACCGGAGAUGAACCGUCAGAUGACCACAACCAGAGGCUCCGCUCCUGCUCCAGGCUCAGCCGCAUCCCCCUGGCCUCCGUGCUGCCCCACCCAAGGCCGAGUGCCCUGUAUGGGGCUGGUGCUGGGUCUAUCCCUGCCUACUCUCCCAGCUGCCCCUGGCACCACCGCUCCACCAGAGACAGCCGUGUCAUGGAGCUCCUAGUGGGACAGGAGAGGGUCACAGCGGUGUUCCCGUUGCCUCACGACAGGCUUCGUUUCCAGAAACAGUUUACCCUGCUGCGCUCCAGCCUCAGGGACAUCAAGACUGUGGCUUUCCUGCAGGGUGGGAACGAACAUAGCCACAGUGACGGGGACAGUCCCAGGACGAUAAACAUACACACGCCCACUCCCAAUGAGACCAAGAGCACAGACAGACUGCAGGUUAACAGCCCUCGAGGUGUUCAGCGUCCUCGGCCAUCCCUGUCCCUGUCCUACCCAACAGACAUCCUGGUGGAGAAGCUGACCGGAGACAAUCAGGUCCCAUCCCACCUGACCCUGUCCCCAGCCCUGUCCCUCAUCUCUGGGCUUAGGGGACACCAGCUGCUGGGGUUCUUCCACACAAACAUUGCAGAGGAAGAGAAGGAAGAGCUGCAUCACAUCCUGUGGUCAUCGGUAGUUUUUUAUAAGUCACCUGACAUCGAGGCCACUUCCUGUAUCAUGCUCUCUACUAAAGCUCUCUACUUCCUGCUGGAUGACUCCGCCUCCACGCUCAAUGACCAAUCACUACUGUGGGACUGGAGUCACUGUGACCAUCGGGACCCAGAGCUGAUCAUGUCUUACUGUUUCACCAUCGACCUCCACGACCUCCACUCUGUCAACGUGGGCCUGUUCGACCAGUACUUCAGGGUGAUGGGGCCGUCAGCGGACCACAUCAUCUGCUGUCUGACGAGGGACAGUUACGGGACACACCGCUUCCUGCAGCAGCUGAUGACGGUCCUCUCUCUGCAGGACAAACUACCCUCUCCUGAACCCUCCGAACAAGACUUCUACACACAGUUUGGAAAUAAAUCUACAGGUAAGAUGGGGAACUAUGAACUGGUCCACUCUAGCAGGGUAAAGUUCAUCUACCCCAGCGAAGAAGAGAUUGGAGACCUGACCUUUAUUGUAGCCGAGAGGAAAGGUCCUUCUGGGGCAUCCAGCUGUAAUAUCCUGCUCUACGUACUGGUCUUCCAGGUGCAGACCCAGGGGCUAGGUUUCUCGCAGACCCAGGGGCUAGGUUUCUCGCAGACCCAGGGGCUAGGUUUCUCCCAGACCCAGGGGCUAGGUUUCUCCCAGACCCAGGGGCUAGGUUUCUCCCAGACCCAGGGGCUAGGUUUCUCCCAGACCCAGGGGCUAGGCUUCUCCCAGACCCAGGGGCUAGGUUUCUCCCAGGCCCCAGCUGCAGACAGACAGACUUCCACUGGGGGUCUGCAGGGGGAUAGAAAGUCUCACCUCCACCCCCAGAGCCCAGUCUCUGCUAGCCAACCCCGUCUUCACCCCUACCCCCAGGCUCCAGACCCAGCCCCCUCCACCAGGCCCCAUAUCCCCCAACAGAGCCUGCCUCCCCAGGCUCCCUCCACCCCCAGGCCUGUCCUCCAUCCUAAGACUCUGAUCCUAACCAGCACAGACGUUUUCCUGUUGGAUGAGGAUUAUAUCAGCUACCCGCUGCCAGACUUUGCCAAGGAGCCCCCUCCCCGAGACAAGUACCAACUGACCGACGCUCGACGAAUAAGAGACCUGGAUAGAGUCCUCAUGGGUUACCAGACGUACCCGCAGGCGCUGACGUUAGUCUUCGACGAUGUCCCUGGGCCAGACCUCCUCUGUCAGCUUACCAUGGACCACUUUGGAGAAGAGGAGGUGGGAGGAGGAGGGGAGAAGGGGAGGAGAUGUGGCAGAACAGAGAGCGAGGUACUGUGGUGUAUCUAUGUCCCUGGAGCAGACAGCAGGGAGAGGCUGAUAUGUCUGUUAGCAAGACAGUGGGAAGUGUUGUGUAGUAGGGAGCUGCCUGUAGAACUCACUGGCUGACUGGCUGGUUAUUCUGCCUGUAGAACUCACUGGCUGACUGGCUGGUUAUUCUGCCUGUAGAACGAACUGGCUGACUGGCUGGUUAUUCUGCCUGUAGAACUAACUGGCCGACUGGCUGGUUAUUCUGCCUGUAGAACUAACUGGCCGACUGGCUGGUUAUUCUGCCUGUAGAACUCACUGGCUGACUGGCUGGUUAUUCUGCCUGUAGAACUGACUGGCUGGUUAUUCUGCCUGUAGAACUGACUGGCUGGUUAUUCUGCCUGUAGAACUGACUGGCUGACUGGCUGGUUAUUCUGCCUGUAGAACUAACUGGCCGACUGGCUGGUUAUUCUGCCUGUAGAACUCACUGGCCGACUGGCUGGUUAUUCUGCCUGUAGAACUGACUGGCUGGUUAUUCUGCCUGUAGAACUAACUGGCUGGUUAUUCUGCCUGUAGAACUAACUGGCUGGUUAUUCUGCCUGUAGAACUAACUGGCUGACUGGCUGGUUCUUCUGCCUGUAGAACUAACUGGCUGACUGGCUGGUUCUUCUGCCUGUAGAACUAACUGGCUGGUUCUUCUGCAUGUAGAACUAACUGGCUGGUUAUUCUGCAUGUAGAACUAACUGGCUGACUGUCUGGUUAGUCACUGACUGGCUGACUGGUUCUUCUGCCUGUAGAAGUCGCUGGUUGGCUGACUGGUUCUUCUGCCUGUAGAAGUCGCUGGUUGGCUGACUGGUUCUUCUGCCUGUAGAAGUCACUGGUUGGCUGACUGGUUCUUCUGCCUGACUGGUUCUUCUGCCUGUAGAACUAACUGGCUGCCUGACUGGUUCUUCUUCCAGGAGGUUUUAAAGCAUGGCUCUACGCUGACCUUUUUUUACUAGGAGCAUGUGUGCGCGCACCUGUUGAAAAAUGUUGGCGCACACAAAGUAAUUUAGGAGCACAAUGAAAAAUAUUUAAUAUGAGAUAUUAAAGCUAGAAUCACACAGCUAAA